AGUUGGUUGACGGAGUUACUCACCACCAUGUCCCAAAUUUCCCUCGCCUCUCUCCUUUUUUAUGCCUCCCCCUUCUUCCUUAAUGCCUAGUAAUGGCGAAGGCGGUGGUCUAUCUUCUAUUUGCCACCGCCCUUAUUGCUCUUAUAGUUCUCUCUCCCUUCAAGCCACGGUGCCACAACGUCCAUGGCCUGCACCGCCGCCUUGGCUUCACCGGCCACGUCCCCAUUUUCGAUCCUCUUGUUUCCAAGAUGGAAUGGUACGUGGAGGAAAAGGGAUUAGGAGACCAAAACAUUACUCUAGAUACGGAACACGACUUGGUUAUUGCCAAUGAUGUUGAGGAAGCACAGGAAUAUUUGAGCGAGGCGGGGACGUUGAAUAUAACCAUGAGGCUGGUGAGUAUCUUCCCUUUGUUGGAUGUGGCACCCGAAGAUGGAUUCGUUAGCUACAAUGAGCUGAAGCAUUGGAUUGUGGCACAAGCCGUGGAAAGAAUGAUUCAUAGGACACAGAAUGAAAUGGCAUCCCAUGAUAGAGAUGGAGAUCGAGCCAUUUCUUUCAGGGAGUACCUGCCACAAUUUUCCAUUGAGGAUAUUGAUAGAAAUGAUAUGGAGCAUGGACAAGCUGGAUGGUGGAAGCAGCAAUUUGAUAACGCAGAUGCUGAUAGGAAUGGUUUACUUACCUUCAAUGAACUUAAAGAUUUUUUGCACCCAGAAGACAGUUCAAAUGACAGAAUUCAUAAAUGGCUCUUGACAGAAAAAAUGAAAAGGAUGGACCAUGAUAAUGAUGGCAAGCUGAACUUCCAGGAGUUUUCGGACAAUGCUUAUGAUAUCUUCAAGAAUUAUGUUGAAUUUGAGACAGGCGGAGUACCCACAGCAGAAGAUAAAUUUGCAGAGCUUGAUGUGAACAAAAACAAAUUCAUAGAAGCUGAAGAAUUGAAACCCAUACUGCAUUAUCUUUACCCAGGAGAGCUAACCUAUGCUACCUAUUUCACAAGUUUUCUAAUUCAUGAGGCUGAUGAUAACAAAGAUGAAAAAUUAACGUUGCAAGAGAUGCUGCAUCACGAAGAUAUUUUCUACAACACAGUCUAUGAGAGCAGCAAUGACGAUGACAACCAUGAUGAUCACGACGAAUUCUAAAGUCUAAACUACUUAGAUCCCAUGAAAAAUUCAAUGUUUCAAUCUAUUUUGCUGGAAGAUUGUCCUAUGUAUCACGACAUUUGAAAGUUGCUAACGAGACUCCUAAGUUUAGGAGGCAAUGCACCAAAAGUAAACAUACUCAAAUUACAUUA